AGCAAAGCUAUUUACUUUGACAGUUUUGGUAAUCUUCGUCCACCUAAAGAAUUGGUUCAAUAUUUACAAUCUGCUGGACCUUGCGAUAUCACUUAUAACUACAAUCGUGUUCAGAACCCUACCGAUUUUAACUGUGGUCAUUUAGUUUUCCAAUUCCUGCAGAAGAUUACGUAAAUCCUUUUUUAAUACAAACCAUCAAAAUUUCUUCUCUGUAUUAAACAGAACGUUAAACCGAAAACAUGUCUUACACAUUCGCCUUGACUGCUACAACGUCGGAGCUACUAAUGAUAAUAAGUCCACCGAUUGUUUUAAGCGAUGAUGAUGAAUAUCAAAUAGCAUUAUUAAAUUUUGAAGCCUACAACAGCAUUCCCAAUAUUGAUGAAAAUAACAACAAAUUUUAUUUUGAAGAUUCUAAGAAACCAGUCGUAGUUCUUCCGGAAGGAUCAUAUGAAAUUGAUGAUAUUAAUAAUUUUCUUCAGGAGAAAUUGGGAGAUACUAACGAUAGCAUUCACUUGUCUGGAGACAAUACUACAUUAAAAAGUCGUAUAAAGAGUACCAAAAAUGUUGACUUUACUCCAACAGAUUCUCCGGCGAAGAUAUUGGGUUUUGAAAAUAAACUUCUAUCAUCGCUUCAAGAGGAGUCCGAUCAUGUAGCUGACAUUUUCAAGGUAAACGCAAUUUCAGUAACAUGUAACCUUGUAUCUAACUCCUAUAUACAUACUAAUGAUGCUACUAAAGGACAAGAUGGACAUAUAUUACAUCAAUUCUUUCCAAAUGUACCUCCCGGAUUUAAAAUUGUAGAGAAUCCCACAAGUCUUAUAUAUUUAUCUAUCAACACACGUGUCAUCGAUUACAUUUCCCUUAAAAUAGUUGAUCAAGACGGUAAUCUUGUUAAUUUCCGUGGAGAGCGUGUUACAGUAAGACUUCACUUACGAAAACUAUAACAUGGUUGCGCGAUACAACUGUGUCCAACGUUAUUCCAACAAAAAUACUACUAUAAAACGAUCACCACACUCUGAGACGUUUAUUUCGCUUACACCCGUUCAGCGAUUAACACCGUCUAAUAAACAGUUCCUUAAAUCUUUGGGGUUGCGAUUGAAAAAGGUGAAAAGUUAAAAUGGUUGCAGAAAUACUAAAUGUCACCGAGAAAGCAGUCUUCGACAACGCUAUUAUUAACGCUGAUAAACAUACUCAUCAACCCUAUGCUAAUUCAACUUUUAAAAAUAAUGAUACCAUACGCAUUCCAAUAGAAAAUGAAGAUGUUUACACCUUACCUUGCGGUAGUUUCCUAUACAUAGAAGGACGUUUACUGAAAAAGGAUGGAACUGUACCAACUAAUACUACUUUUAUCAAUAACGGAAUUCUAUACCUAUUUGAUGAAAUUCGAUAUGAAUUGGGAGGAAAAGUUAUUGAUCGAGUCCGAAAUCCUGGUAUGACUACAACAAUGAAAGGCUAUGCGUCUUACAAUGAAAAUGAAAGUAAACGUCUCAUUAAUAGUGGAUGGUUGCCUCCUGCUUUAGGUGCUGUAAAAGGAGUUGCCCUUCAUACCAGAAAUCUGAUUGAUACAAACGGUUACUUCAACGUUUGUAUUCCUCUUCGUAUGAUUUUAGGGUUUGGAGAAGACUUUCGAAAAAUAAUACUCAACAUACGACAAGAAUUAGUUCUAGUUCGCAGCAGUACUGACAAUAAUGCCCUCUUUUGCUCAGCAACACCGGCUGAAGAAGUUGAUGUCCAUUUGGAUCAGAUAUGUUGGAAAAUUCCUCAUGUAUCUGUUGCUGACGCUGAACGUUUGAAAUUAUUACGUUACGUUGAUCGCAAUUUAAAUAUGGAACUUUCUUUUCGUAGUUGGGAACUACAUGAAUAUCCCUUACUUAACCAAUCACAUUCUCACAACUGGGCUGUGAAAACUACAUCACAGUUGGAAAAACCUCGCUUCAUUAUUUUCGGUUUUCAAACCGAUAAAGAUUUGCUGUUUUGUACGAAAUGUAUGUUAAUUUUCAACAAUCGUAUUAUGGUAAUGUAAGUGAAC